GUUUUGCUUUCGCAACCUUUACAGCCUUUCUUGGCCGCUGUUACCCUCGUUCAUCUGCUUAGAUUUCUUUCUUCUUUUAGUCGAUAUAUCCAUAUUUCAUCAUGACAAGCAACGGGACCCCACACCGCAGCGCCAUUCCUUCAGAAGUUGGUUGGCAAUUUGUACCUCAAUACUAUAAUUUUGUAAACAAAGAACCCGAGCGCCUCCAUUGUUUCUACAACAAACGGUCUACUUUCAUUCAUGGGUCAGAAGGUGAAGACAGUAAAACUUGCCACGGUCAACAGGAAAUCCAUGCGCAAAUUUCUUCUCUCAACUUCCAGGACUGCAAAAUCUUCAUUAAUUCGGUAGAUGCUCAAUCGUCGGCCGAUGGCGGUAUCAUCAUCCAGGUUAUCGGCGAAUUAUCCAACAACAAUGGCCCGUGGCAAAAAUUUGUUCAAACUUUUUUCCUGGCUGAACAGCCCAACGGUUACUUUGUUUUGAAUGACAUCUUCCGAUUUUUGAAAGAGGACGCUGUAGAGGGUGACUCGGACGAGGUCGCGUCCGACUCUGUAUCAGCUCCUGAGCCUGUCGCUGUUCCUGCGGAAUAUCCUCGGGAGCCUUCUCCGCCUCCGUCUCCACCAGUGGAAGUCGUUGACGCGACUGCUGCUCCGGUCGAAGAGCCACCUGUAACCGUUGCUGAGAUCGCUGAGCCUGAGCCUCUUCCGGCACCUGUUCCUGAUGAGCUCACUGCUACUCAUCUCAAUGGGUAUGAGGUCGAAAAGCCUGCAACUCCUGCUCCCGUGUCCAGAACCCCUACUCCAGAGCCUACUCCUGAUGUUGCACCGACACCACCACCUGCAGCAGCAGUCAUCGCUCCAUCGCCAUCUCCCACUCCUGCUCCUGCUGCCUCUGCAACUACCUCCGCACCUCCUGCGCCAGCUGCAGCUCCAGUUCCCAAAACAUGGGCAAACCUCGCUGCUUCCAACACAAAGAAGUGGGGCAACGCUGUUGCUCAUGACUCCCGAGGUUCCUCGGAGAAUGUUUCUAGUUCCCCAGCUGUUGCCAGUACCAGUGGUUCACAAACGCCGGUCAAGCCUUCAGGUGCUCCCAGCAGAACACCGCAUCCAGCUUAUGCCGCUGCUCAAAGUGUGACAACUGCACAAUGUUUCAUCAAGAGCGUAACGGAACCAAUUUCUUCGCAAGCACUCACACAAGCGCUUACGCGCUUCGGGCCCCUCAAGGGCACUGUCGAAAUCGUUCGGUACAAAGCUUGCGCCUUCGCGGAAUUUACUACAGUUGAUGCUGCCAGGCGUGCUAUAAUCUUGUCACUUCCUCCCGUUGCUGGCGGAGAGGGUGGUGUCAAGGUUGACAUUGGCGGUGGUGAAACCUUGAAAAUCAUCGUGGAGACUAAAAAAGAGAGGGGCGAUAGGCCAGCCAGCCGUGGUCGUGGCGGUCCACCAUUUGCGGGUGAAGGACGUGGUGCGAGUUCUUCGGAUGGUCGCGGCGGUGGAUUCAGAGGUUCAGCGAGAGGUUCAGGACGAGGUAGAGGUGCGAAGUAGGUCUUUCUUUUGAUUGUGUAGGAUAUGCUUAUGGGAUCGAACGGUCUCAUUUGUUCCGUGGUCGGCAUCAAAAAGAUUUACUUGCACUAAGAAAAAUCAUUGUGACUUCCAAAAUUCGAAUUUGAAUCUUUUGCAUUCCUCAUUUGUUUCUUGUUCUGGAACUUGCUGUCAUCCUGGCUCCUUUUCCUGCUAUUGCCUCCUGCUCGCCAUCCUUUCUCUUGCUUUAUGCUUCGUGUUUUCGCCAUGGUCGUUUGUCUGCACAAUCUCGCAUACCUUUCGCUUUCAUUAAAAUACAUCUUCAUGCCAUCCUCUUAUGCAUCAUGACUAAUCAUGUCUUGUUAUCCGCAAACCAAUGUAGCCCGAGCCAAUGUUUAUAUUCUUCUACAUACACAUGCUCAAGUUCAAGUUCCUGUCGUUUCUGAGUUGUGGUGACUGUAACUGAUGUAUACGUAAUCAACAUGUGGACCAAUUUCGACUGAUC